CUCCGCCCCCCGCUCCUGCUCUCUCCGCCUAGCCUUUUCCCCUCCCAGCCGCCUGCCUGCCAGGGGUAGUGAGCCAGCUGAGCGGCAUGGAGACGCAGGAACUUCGGGGGGCCCUGGCUCUUCUCCUCCUUUGCACUUUCGCAUCUGCCAGUCAGGACCUGCAGGUGAUUGACCUGCUGACCGUGGGCGAGUCUCGGCAGAUGACAGCUGUAGCAGAGAAGAUCCGGGCAGCCCUGCUCACUGCGGGAGACAUCUACCUCUUGUCCACCUUCCGCCUGCCCCCGAAGCAGGGUGGUGUCCUCUUUGGCCUCUACUCUCGCCAGGACAACACACGAUGGCUGGAGGCCUCAGUUGUGGGCAAAAUUAACAAAGUGCUGGUGCGGUACCAGCGAGAAGACGGCAGAGUCCAUGCAGUGAACCUACAGCAAGCAGGCCUGGCAGACGGGCGCACACACACGGCUCUCCUGCGGCUUCGCGGUCCUGCCCGACCCAGCCCUGCCCUGCAGCUCUACGUGGACUGCAAACUGGGAGACCAGCAUGCUGGCCUCCCAGCACUGGCCCCCAUUCCUCCAGCAGAGGUCGACGGGCUGGAGAUUCGGACUGGACAGAAGGCAUAUUUGAGGAUGCAGGGCUUCGUGGAAUCUAUGAAAAUGAUUCUGGGCGGGUCCAUGGCCCGGGUGGGAGCCCUGAGUGAGUGUCCAUUCCAGGGGGACGAGUCCAUCCACAACGCAGUGACCAACGCGCUCCACUCCAUUCUCGGUGAGCAGACCAAGGCGCUGGUCACGCAGCUCACCCUUUUCAACCAGAUCCUGGUGGAGCUGCGCGAUGAUAUCCGAGACCAGGUGAAGGAAAUGUCUCUAAUCCGAAACACCAUCAUGGAGUGUCAGGUGUGCGGCUUCCACGAGCAGCGUUCCCACUGCAGCCCCAACCCCUGCUUCCGAGGCGUGGACUGCAUGGAAGUGUACGAGUACCCCGGCUACCGCUGCGGGCCCUGCCCCCCCGGCCUGCAAGGCAACGGCACCCACUGCACUGACAUCAAUGAGUGUGCUCACGCUGACCCUUGCUUCCCCGGGGCCAGCUGCGUCAACACCAUGCCCGGCUUCCACUGUGAGGCCUGUCCUCGAGGAUACAAAGGCACUCGGGUGUCCGGUGUGGGCAUUGACUAUGCCCGCGCCAGCAAACAGGUCUGCAACGACGUGGACGAGUGCAAUGAUGGGAACAACGGCGGCUGUGACCCGAACUCCAUCUGCACCAAUACUGUGGGCUCUUUCAAGUGUGGCCCCUGUCGCCUGGGCUUCCUAGGAAACCAGAGUCAGGGCUGCCUCCCAGCCCGCACCUGCCACAGCCCAGCUCACAGCCCCUGCCAUGUCCACGCGCACUGUCUCUUUGAACGCAACGGGGCAGUGUCCUGCUCGUGUAACGUGGGCUGGGCCGGGAAUGGGAAUGUGUGUGGGACUGACACAGACAUCGAUGGCUACCCAGACCAGGCCCUGCCAUGCAUGGACAACAACAAGCAUUGCAAACAGGACAAUUGCCUUUUGACACCCAAUUCUGGGCAGGAAGAUGCUGAUAACGACGGAGUGGGGGACCAGUGUGAUGAUGAUGCUGAUGGCGAUGGGAUCAAGAAUGUCGAGGACAACUGUCGGCUGUUCCCCAACAAGGACCAGCAAAACUCUGACACAGAUUCAUUUGGGGAUGCCUGUGACAACUGCCCUAACGUUCCCAACAAUGACCAGAAGGACACAGACGGCAACGGGGAAGGGGACGCGUGUGACAACGAUGUGGAUGGGGACGGCAUCCCCAAUGGAUUGGACAAUUGCCCUAAAGUCCCCAAUCCCCUGCAGACAGACAGGGAUGAGGACGGGGUGGGAGACGCCUGUGACAGCUGCCCUGAAAUGAGCAAUCCUACCCAGACAGAUGCAGACAGCGACCUGGUGGGGGAUGUCUGUGACACCAAUGAGGACAGGUAGGGCGGGCCGAGAGACAGCCAGUCCUCCUGGGGUUCUUUGACCUUCCUGCAGUACCUUCUGUUUCCUGUAUGGUGUAGCCUUGAUUCUCCACUGCUAUUGAGGAGGAAGUCACUGCCCUAGUCUAGCCUCCACUCCUGCUGCUGGACGUCCGCCUCACCUGGCGGACCGCAGGGCACAGCCCAGACUGCUG